AUGGAGAAGGAGUACAGGUUUCAGGAAACUGGUGGAAAGCAGAUCUCUGAUUAUGCCCAACUGCCCCACUUCCUUGGCUUGGAACCCUUAAAUGCCCUGACCUCCAACUUCAGGCUGUGCCACUUUGCUGCCCUGGCACUGGUCCUGUUGGCGCUGCUGGAGGCUCUGGCCCAGGUGGAUUCCAAGAAGAUGGUAAGAACCCAGUGUGGAGUCCGCCCUAGAGCCUGCUACUCCAUCUGCUUCCUCCCGCUGCCUGCACUCCCUGCCAGCCACUGUCUUCAGUCCCUGCAGAAACAGCAUCAAGUGUGCGGAGACAGGCAGCUGGAAGCCGGCAGCACAAAGUGGCCGUCAGAGAAGACCACAGCCUGGGCCAGAUAUCCCCACAGAAUGAACUCGCUGCAGAAGCAGGACCUCCGGAGGCCCAAGAUCCAUGGGGCAGUCCGGGUGUCCCCCUACCAGCCACCCACACUGGCCUCCCUACAGCGCUUGCUGUGGGUCCGUCGGGCUGCCAUGCUGAGCCACAUCGAUGAGGUCUGGCCCAACCUCUUCCUAGGAGAUGCGUACGCAGCCCGGGACAAGAACAAGCUGACCCAGCUGGGCAUCACCCAUGUCGUGAAUGUUGCUGCGGGCAAGUUUCAAGUGGACACAGGUGCCAAGUUUUACCGCGGAAUGCCCUUGGAGUACUAUGGCAUUGAGGCUGAUGACAACCCCUUCUUCGACCUCAGUGUCUACUUUCUGCCUGUUGCUCGAUACAUCCGGACUGCCCUCAGUGUUCCUAAAGGCCGUGUGCUGGUACACUGUGCUAUGGGGGUGAGCCGCUCUGCUACAGUUGUCCUGGCCUUCCUCAUGAUCUGCGAGAACAUGACGCUGGUGGAGGCCAUCCAGACGGUGCAGGCCCACCGUGAUAUCUGCCCCAACUCGGGCUUCCUCCAGCAGCUCCAGGUUCUGGACAACCGACUGGGGCGGGAGACGGGGCGGCUCUGA